UUUUGUUGAUAUACAGGAUUACCAAAUAUUUGAUAAAUCUGAAUCUAACCUAAAUUUUCAAAGUAUUCCAUGAAUAAUAACAGAUAACUAGAUAGUAGAUCUACUAAAAUCUACUUCUGUAUUUACUACUUGAUCUAGAUCUAGAUUCUAAAUCUAGAUCUAGAUCUACGUUGUCGUUAAAAAAAGUUAAAAAUAUAAAACAAGGAACUUCAAAUUCAAGACACUCAAGUCUACUUUAGACUAGUCUAGACUCUAAUAUAGAUCUAGAAUUAUAUGAAUAGAUACAGAAUCUAGUCUGCUAGAAUAAUCUAGAUCUAGAUGAUAAUCAAGUCUAGAACUAGCUAGAGUCAGCUAGUGCUAGACUAGACUUCUUCAAGUUCUUGAACCAUCUUUUGGAAGUUUGCCGAAGUUUUUUUUAUCACUUAAAUUUAAGUUGAAAACUUUUAAAUAAACAUUAUUAGUAAUUUAUAGAUCUAGACAUCAUCUACUGAAGUCCAGUGUAGUACUCUAACUCUAGGUGUAAUCUAAGCCUUCGAGUCUGCCAAGCCUAGACUCUAGACUCUAAACCCUGUAGACUCUUGUCUAAAGUCUAAAUCUAGCCAAUGUUUACCAUGAAAUAAAAUGGGCCAGGCUGCAUCAAGUGUUUCAAAACUUGUCUCCAGUCCUAUAACUUGGUUUCGAGGAUCAGAUAAACAGAAACGCUCUGACGGAUUAACACAAAAUGGAUUGAUACCCAAGGGUGCCACUCUGUUUGUGUUCAAAAGACGAGGUUCCAUGUUCUUUGAUGAAGAUGGAGAUUUGGCUCAUGAGUUUUACUGUGAAGAAAAAGAUAUCCACACCAAGAAAGUUGUUAUGAGACAAUACAAUAGAAAUUUGAUACCAGAAGGAGACGUAGAUUUGCCCUAUCCAAGACUUCAUGGUGACCUACCAGUCAUUUUAUUUGACACAUCUAGCCUUCAGAUUCAGCCUUCGUCCCCACCACAUUCAGCAGGAUGAGGAAAAAAUGUGACCAAUAGAUCCUCUAGACCUGACCAUCUUCAGUGGUGACUGGUGACUUGAGAAAAAGGAAAUUUCUGUUGUAUCUGUUUUAUUUAUUAUAAAUCAAUGAGGUUUUCAUUGUGCGUUUGAUCUUUGGCAGUCAAAGAUGAUUUGCGGUAACUUGUAUAUGCCCUAAUGAGUAUGUGUCAUUUCCCAUUGCAUACAAACCAUUUUGGUUUCUCAUGUCCACUGGUUGUUUGUGAGGCUCUACUCUGUAUCGGUGAAGAGGCUUUUAUCACUGAUGUUUUGAUGUUGUACAUAGCAAAGAUAUAUUCAUUACUAGUCUGUGAUACACAGUUGGGCCAGCAAAGUGAAUCAUUUAAAAAUGUUCUUUUAUUAAGCUAAAGUUUCUUUUUUUUUUUUUCAUCAACAUUUAAUAAUUUAUAAUGUUUGUUUUUUUUUCAUUAUAGGAAGCAAACUUGUAUUUUCAGUUUAUUUUUUUUAUCCAUUUCUUUUUUUUUUUUUUUUUUAUUAAUUUGGGAAAAAAAUCAUAAGUUGUUUAAAAAUCAAAAACUAAAAAAUUUUUUUGUUGUCAUUUCAUAAAUUCUACAACAUAAUUAAAUUAUUUAUAACUUUCAUCAUAAUCUAAAGAGUAGCUAUAGAGGUUUCAUAAAAAGAGAACAUACUUAAUUAAAUCAAAAUAUCCGUUUCUAUUUUUACCUGUUGUCAUUUGCAAUUAUCUUUCUUACUGACAUUAUAUAAUAUUGAUUUUGUGAAAAUGUAUUCUUUAAAAAAAAGAAGACUUUAAAGAAACAAACAUUUUAAAUCAAACACUUUAACAGUCUUGGCUGCCUGGUCAUGCGAUAUGCACUCUAGAUUAUUGUAUGGUCGUCUCCAUGGUCCUGGGUUCAUAUCCUACCCACUGCCAUCCACCGUCGUCCUGCGGGAGGUUUGGACUAGGAAUUAGAUUAUCUUAAACUCUGACAGAACAUGUAAAACAAAUUUACAAACUCUUUAAGUUAGACAAAGUGAAAAUGAAAUUGUUUUUAGAUUUUUAAAUAGAAUAGAUCAGUGACAUUGUUCAAUGAUUGUUGGUACCUGUGGGGUAUUGGUACUGACAAUUCUACCAAAACUUUAUAAUUAAUAAUCAUCUGAAUAGAAGAUUUUGUUCUUGUUCUGAGAAUAUGCUGUAAUUUGUAUAUUUCACUACAUGACAUUUCAUCAUUGUCAUAUUGUUACUUUGAUUUUCUUAAAAUUUAAAAUAUCUUAAAUACUGUACCCGUACUGUGAUGUCUUUUUAAUAAGAGAUUUAAAAGUGUGCAGGAACUAAGUCAUUAGUUUUAGUAGCAGACAAAGCACCACUCUAAGGAAAAGAGAGUUUCAUUAUCAUUUCAUCCAUGUGACAGUCAUUUCAACUUACUGUUCCUCAUACAAAGGGAGAACAUCUUCUGUUCUUUUUGAAUGUAUUGAGGGAUAUGGAGAAUGAUUCAGAAACAAAAAAAAAACUUUUCACUCAUUAGCCAUAUCUAUGCUGUAAUAAAUUCUAUCUGCAGCAGUUUCUUGCUGUUUUUUACUUGGUUAUUGGCUGUUCACGUCAAGCAUUGCUUUGAUAUUUAUUCACAUUUGUUUUUAUAGAUGUGUCAGAUGAUUUUGUUUUUAGGUUUAUUGUUAUGGACAAAUUCUUCUUCUUCUUCUAGCCAGCUUUAUUGCUGCUGAGCUGUGAGCUCUUUUGCAGACUGUGCCAAGGAAAAAAAGUGUGCUGUUUUUUAUCGACAAAUAAGAUGAAGAGUCGGACAAAUGAGGUGAACACUCAUGGACAAAUGGGUCGAGACAUGAAAAAAUGGGGUAAUAACAUGUGGGAAAAUGGUGUUAAGACUUGACUUUUUUGUGCAGUUUGUGACCACUUAAUUGCCGUGGUUGUAAACUAAUCAGAGCUUCUCCAUAGAUUCAAUGUGCCCGUUAUUCUGGUUGUUUUUUUUUCUCUCUUUAUUGCUCUUCUAUCACGAAGUUUAGUUUUCUUUUUGCAGCACUUCCCUGCUACUUUGUGGUUCGUUGAUCGUGGACUUGGUGGUUUUGAACAAAAAUGUGGGACUGGAAUGAAUCAACCAGUGAGGGAACACUGGCCAUUACACUGCAUAUCAACAGAUUUGAUGGAUGUGAACAUUUCUCUCUAGAGAGAUAAAUAGACUUUGAUAAGUGUAAUUAUUGUUGGUGUGGUUGUAUGUGUUAAAAUUAUUUAAAGUACUGGAAUAGAAUUAUGUAAGAAUUAUAGUCAAAUCUUCCAAAAGUGAGAUGAUUGCUUUGUUCACAUUUUUUUUUUGUGUGAUGAGAAUCCUGAUUGAUCACAAAAUUUCAUUUUUUGGUCAGGUCUCACAGAAUUGACAAUCAACAUUUUUUUGGUUUAACUAAAUUGUAUAGAUUUUCUUCCUCCUAACAUUUCUCAAUUUUUUGUUUUUAAAAUUUAAGGACUAGAAAAUGUUUUUCUGUCAUUCAUACUUAAUCAUCUAUGGCCAGGGGCAUUGUCUUGCCGAUAAUCACAUGUGGUUGAGAAAGUUUAAAAUGUUGAUUCAAAGACCUACCUGCCUGAGCUGUCACUUAGCAGUCUAAACAGUCAUGUUUUAAAACUAUUUGCUAAGUCUCUACUAGCUUGUUUUAUUGGUUUUUAUUCAUAACUCAAGAUCUGGCAAUGUAUAACAGUUUACAGUAACAUCACAUUUAAUAUCAAAAGAUAUUGAUUAGAUUUCCAGUCUGAUAUUUUUUCUUCCUGUGUUGUGGCUGUAUUGUGGUUGCACUUGUUAUUUGAAAUAAAUUGACAUGCUCUAUUGAUUUGAUGCCGUUCAUGAUGACAAUGUUAUUAAAUCAAUUAAAAUGAUCAAACUCAACGUUAGUAAAAA